AUGAAAAAAUCAAAAAAGUAUGAUAACCUUGAUGACGAGGGGAUAGAAAUACACGAUAAUGACGAUAAUAAUAAUAGACAGCAAUAUACAUCACCUCCACGUAGUGGUACCACUUCUACAGUAUCAACAUAUCAAGCUACUACUCCACAGCAACCUUCUGCUAGACCUACAGCACAUACAUCUUUAUUGAAUCCAAAUUAUCAGAAUUAUCAGAAUUUCCCUCAAAUACCAAUAUCUGUUACUAGACCAUCUUCUUCUAAUAAUAACAAUAAUAACAAUAAUAAUAAUAAUAAUAAUGGAAGUAAUUUUAUUUAUGAUUAUACAGUUCCAUCUCCAAAGGAUCAAAGUCAUUAUCAAUUAGACCCAAAUGUAACACCUUUGAAUCGUAGAAGAAGAAGAUUAUCGUCAAAUAGUCAACUUGGAUUAAGUGUAAAUAAUAAUAAUAAUAAUGGUAAUUUGGCAAUACCUCCUAAUACCUAUUUGGUAGGUGAUGAUGAAUUGAGUGACUAUGAAGAAGAGGAAGACCCAGCAAACUAUCCAUCCCUUAUUCCUCAUAGUUGGGAUAAUGGUGCUUGUUGUAAACAUCCUCCAUCUGAACACAUUAACAAGGAUCAUAUACCAUCUCAUCACCAUCAACAACCACAUCAUAUUUCAUCACACCCUCAUCAACAACAACAAUCAACAAGAGAACCUUCUAAUUUACGUCAGUCUUGGAGUAGAGACCAAAUUGAAAAGGAAGAGGAACAAGAAGUAGAAAAGGAAAAGAUUCACGAAAAGGUACGAGCUUUAGAGUUGGAGGAUGAAGAGGAAGAGAUUGCAUGUUCGGUUGCACGAUCAUCUCUUAUCAUUCCCUUUCAAUUCAGUAAUCAUAAACAGUCUACAUCGUAUUGGAUCCAGAGUCUAUUGGAUAGACGUGUUGCACUUGUAGACGGUACAACCGUUCCUGUUUGGGAAGCUUUGAAUGACCUACCCAAUGAAAUGGUAGAACUAUCACGUCAAUUUAGAAAUGUGAUUGGUGCUACCAAUGUACCUGGAGUAGCAGCUGGCAGCGACUCUAAAUCAACGUGGAGAUGUAGACGUUUGCGUAUGAACAAAAAAGCAAAGGACGGAGUAUUCCCAAAACCAAAGUUAUGGACCGUUGAAAGACGCCAAGACAAGAUGAAGGAUAUCUACAAAGAGGUUCGUUUUGAAGAUAUCAAUCUGUUAGUAUUCCCACUAGGUGUUGGUAUUUUAGUUUUUAAUAUCGAUUGGAUGACUGAACAAGCUCACGUUCAUCAUGACAAUAGCUAUACCGACCGAUCUGCUCGUACCUCUACCGAUCAUCCAGACUUUGGUAUUCCACAUCACGAAUCAUUCCUCUUGGAAGAGUUUAGAACUUGGCUCUAUAUCAGUAAAUUCCGUCAUAAAGUUAAAAGUGUAGCUAGAGGUUGGAGUUUUGGUGAUUUACCUGGAUCCCAACAUUCUCAACAAGACAAAGAAAAAGAAAAAGAAAAAGAUAAGAAAUCAUCUUCAUCCUCAUCUCUAUCAUCUUCAUCACCACCACAACAAUCACAACAAUUUCCAAAUUAUAGUCUAUCAAAUCCACAUCCAAAUCAUCUUGAUAGUUUGGGAAAGAAAUUGACAAAGUCUUUGUAUGGUGGUAGACCAAUCUCUCUCAAUAGUAUUGCCAAUUGGUUGAUUUUGUUGGCAAGCGAGAAACCAAACUCUAAUCCACCCUCUUCGGGAUCAUUGACAUCACGUGUUGGUACUGGCGGACACGCCUACCACCACACGACCGUCAUUCUCGACAAGAAACCAUCCGAAGUUACUCUUCAGACGUAUCUGUUCCAUUUGCGUCGUGCACUUGGUCAAAAGAAUCGUCCUCCUCUUCAAAACCUCGACCCUUCCUCUUCACUUGGAUCGAGUACACUCGACCGAAUACUUGUUCCACGCAUGAACCGAUACAUUGGUAUCUCUAGAGAGGGUAUUGUGUGUUUGACAUGGCCAACGGAAAAGAGCGACCGUAUCGGCAUCCUCAACUGGCACCGCAAGUUCCAGGGAAUCUAUCUAGUACUAUCACUACAUGCACAUGGAGAGCGAGCAGUCUUGGAGGAACUCAGUACCAUGGCAAGUGUGCAAGCCGAGAAUAUGAAGCUUGAAAUUGAACGAACUAGUAUCGAUGAAUUGGCAACAUCACGUCAACAACUCAAAGAACUGGCCACUCUAGUCGCUCGAUUCACCAUUGGCAUGUCGAGUGGUGACUGUGGUGGACAGAGCGAGUACAGUGAGUUCUUUUUAACCAUGCGUCAAGUGUUUGGUAUUCCCAGUCAGAGAAAAGAGUUGCGUGAAGAGUUGGAAGACACAUUGGCAUUGCUCGAGAAUGACUAUCUAGAGGAACGUCGAAAGGUCAAGUUGGACGAACAACGUGAGGAACGGUUAGACCGUGAUCGUGGAAAACUGCAACGUUAUAAAAAGGAAAAUGCCAAAUACCGUUAUGAACUACUCAUUACAGCAUUCUCUUCCUUUACUGUACCAGCAGUAUUAUUGUCGUCGUUAUAUGGAAUGAACCUUGAUGAUUUACCCAUCCUACCAUUUUGGGGAAUUCUUCUUAUAAUGAUUACAGCUUCCUUUAUCAUUUUGACAGUAUUUUGGUUUGCAAAAAGAGGUAUUGUUGAUAAGACAGCUGACCCUGAAUCACUUCGCCAACCAUCUUCCUCCUCAUCGCAAAUGUCCUCUUCUUCAUCCUAUUCGCAUUAA